AUGAGAAUGGCAGCCAUAGCAAUCGCGAUGACUAUAAUUGGCAAUGUGAUCUUGAAUGUAACCUACGUGUCCGAGGAAUUGACGGACUUCAUCUUUGUCUCUGGGAAUCGCAAUCAGCUGAAUUUGGCCUUUGGUGGUGUCAGUAGGCAGGACCCCGUCUUUGGUAAGAAGGUGACCGGCCCAUUGGAUCUCAGGUUGCGCAAAAACAGAUUUUUCCCAAUUGAUGGUGUGUUGGUGUUGAACAGGACGUUCAAAGAUCUUCUUUAG